CCCUGCUGGGUAGCAGCUGGCUGGUUCACACAAAAACCACCUCUGGGUUUGCUUUACAGAACUGCAGUCCAAGUCAGUUCUUCAAAAGACUUCUUCUACCCAAAGACCUCAUCCUUACAAUCUUCUUACCCUUGCUGGAUGCUUCUGCCCUGUUCUAAUAUGCCCGGCGUAGGCUGCUUGGCUGGGAGCUGGACCAAUGCUGCGGAUCCCACGGAUUCUUCUAAUUCAAGGGGAGAAAUGCUAUUUAGACCUGUGAAAGGAGGGUUCGAGCAAGCACCUUGACCGCUACGGAGAGUGGGCUCAGAGCUCUAGUCCAGCUCGUGCCCGGCUCCUGGUUAGGCCUCAGGCAAUCUUGGGAUGAAUGGAGAGUGUUGUGGAACUAGGUGCUGGAGCGGGUUCAGUUCCUCGGCCAAAGAGAGACUCUGGAAUUCCCGGGGACGGAAUCGGGAAGAGGAUGAAGAAGGGCGCCUCGCCUCUGUCCUAAGCCAGAUGGGAGGAACCUCUGCAGAGCUAGAGCCGGUCUUAACGCCACCCUCCGGAGCUACCACCACUGCCUCACCUCCAUAUAAAACACGGCAGGAAUGAGGGAGGGGCUGCCUGGCUCGCUUUGAUUCGCUUUAUAAGCGGUCGUUCUGAAAUGUUCGCUCAUGAUGGCUAACAGACAACACAAUCACCAAAUGUCUAAGAAAAGGAGCUUUGAGGGCAACGGCCCGCUGGGACCUGAAGGACAAUUACGGAAAGGGCCCCCAUUCUCCGGGCUGACCUGAGUGGGGCACAGUUGAACGUCUGGGCGCAGGCUGCUGGUCCUUGCGCCCGGUACCGGCGGUUCGCGAGGCGGGUUUGGGGCUGGGUGGGGGAAUCCUAGGGAGGCGGGGCGCGUACUUCCCCCGGGCCCCCGGGCUCAGGUCCAUCCCGCCUCUGCUGCCUCGCCGGCCCCCAGGCCUUGCAAGCGACUACGCUCCUGGGCCGCUCCAGACAGCGUUAAGACCCUGCAGGGCGCAGGUGAGACUAACAGCUGGGAGAGCUGCACGAGGCAUUUAGGACCUGGCUGGGACAGGUGAGUCAGCCCAGUGGGGGCAGGGCUCCCGGAACGAGGAUCUACAGUUGAAGUUGCCCCACCCUCAUGUCACCUGGAGAAAAACUGGACCCAAUUCCUGACGGCUUCAUUCUGCAACCGCCAGUCUUCCACCCGGUGGUUCCUUAUGUCACGACCAUUUUUGGAGGCCUGCAUGCAGGCAAGAUGGUCAUGCUGCAAGGAGUGGUCCCUCUAGAUGCACACAGGUUUCAGGUGGACUUCCAGUGUGGCUGCAGCCUGAGUCCCCGGCCAGAUAUCGCCUUCCACUUCAACCCUCGUUUCCAUACCGCCAAGCCCCACGUCAUUUGCAACGCUCUGCAUGGUGGACGCUGGCAAAGGGAGGCCCGCUGGCCCCACCUGGCCCUGCAGAAAGGCUCCAGCUUCCUCAUCCUCUUUCUCUUUGGGAAUGAGGAAGUGAAGGUGAGUGUGAACGGACAGCACUUUCUCCACUUCCGCUACCGGCUCCCACUGUCUCAUGUAGACACGCUGGGCAUAUUUGGUGACAUCCUGGUAGAGGCUGUUGGAUUCCUGAACAUCAAUCCAUUUGUGGAGGGCAGCAGAGAGUACCCAGCUGGACACCCUUUCCUGCUGAUGAGCCCCAGGCUGGUGAGUGAACCUCCCUCCCGCUCCAUCAGGGCUGGGGGCGCAGUCUGGGAGGUGCCCUGCUCACAGGCUCUUCCGCAGGGUCUCUGGCCCGGGCAGGUCAUCAUAGUGCGGGCACUGGUCUUGCAAGAGCCAAAGCAUUUCACUCUGAGCCUGAGGGACCAGGCUUCCCGUGCUCCUGUGACACUCAGGGCUUCCUUCACAGACAGAACUCUGGCCUGGAUAUCCCCCUGGGGGCAGAAGAAGCUGAUCUCAGCCCCCUUCCUCUUUUACCCCCAGAGAUUCUUUGAGGUGCUGCUCCUGUGCCAGGAGGGAGGGCUGAAGCUGGCGCUCAAUGGGCAGGGCCUGGGGGCCACCAGCGUGAACCAGCAGGCCCUGGAGCAGCUGCGGGAGCUCCGGCUCAGUGGAAGUGUCCAGCUCUACUGUGUCCACUCCUGAGGAGGGGUGCAGGGAAACCCUGACAGAAAGCAGGAAGGUCAGCCCACACCCAGGGCCCAACUCUCCUCCCCUCAUUAAACCGUCCACCUGACACCAGCACAUCAGGCCUGGCUCACUUACCGGCUCACGGGCCUGAGUCUGCAGGGGCUUUGGGCCUGAGGGAAGGCACAAGGGUGCAAAGGUUCCUCGGACUCUGCGCCUUCCUCCACCAGGAGCCUGGGAUUUGGCUCCAUCUGCCUUCAGGGCCUGAACUGCACUCAUAGAGGCAGGUUUUGUAGACUAACAAAGAUACUCCAAAAUACAAUGGCUUAAAGAA